UAUUUGUAUAAACUUGAAACCACGUUGUCGCUACACAACAGGACGUUGAAGCAGAGAAGUUGAUUUCAUCAUUCUGUACUUUACGGCCCGGGAUACUGGUACUAUCUGUGAGAACAUUGUAACGGGUAACUGAACUUCAAUAACCGAACAUAGAUGUUUUAAUCGGCAGGAGGAAAGACGGAUUAAAAUAGGACAAAAACAUGGCUUCAAACGAACAGUAUGAUUCGGUGCCACUGGAAAUGAGAGACAGAUCACAGAAAUCCAGUGAAUCCUCGGACACGGGAAAAGAUGAAGCCGUUAACUUAAAACAAAAAAUCACACUAUUAAAUGGUGUCACGGUUAUAGUUGGUAGUAUUAUAGGAUCGGGUAUUUUUGUGAGUCCGAAAGGAGUUAUGCAGGACGCUGGAAGUGUGGGACUUUCACUGAUCAUUUGGGUAUUGUGUGGACUAUUUUCAAUGGUAGGAGCUUAUUGUUACUCGGAAUUGGGAACCUCUAUUCGUCGAUCAGGCGCUGAUUAUGCCUACAUGUAUGAAGCCUUUGGACCUGUUGUGGCGUUUUUAAGACUAUGGAUUGAAUGUAUGAUUGUGAGACCAUGUUCUCAAGCAAUUGUUGCACUCACCUUUGCUUAUUAUGUCAUUGAACCAUUGUUUCCUGAUUGCGAACAGCCUUUAAUUGCAGUACGAUUACUAGCAGCAGUUUGUAUAUUAAUUUUGAUGUUUGUCAACUGUAUGAGUGUACGAUGGGCCACUCGAGUACAAGAUGUGUUCACAUAUGCCAAAGUUCUCGCCCUUGUUCUAAUUAUCAUUACUGGAUUUGUACAGCUAGGUAGAGGAGAAGUAGAGUAUUUCCAGGACCCUUGGGCACACACGCAGACCGACAUUACAAGGAUUGCGCUGUCAUUUUACUCGGGACUAUUCGCAUAUAACGGCUGGAACUAUCUGAACUUCGUAAUUGAAGAAUUACAGGAGCCUAAAAAAAAUCUACCCAAGGCUAUCUGGAUCUCCAUCAUCCUGGUAACGGUUGUUUACGUCCUGGCCAAUGUAGCGUACCUGACUACCGUCAGUCGGGAGGAGACCCUCAGUGGUGCUGCCGUCGCUGUGAUGUUCUCCAAGCGACUGUACGGCGUCAUGUGGUGGGUGAUGCCGGUGUUCGUGUCACUCUCCACCUUUGGAGGUGUAAAUGGCAUCCUUUUUACUACUGCAAGACUGUUCUACGUCGGAGGUCGUGAAGGCCACAUGCCUCAGAUUCUCAGUAUGGUUCAGAUUCAGAAACUCACUCCCAUGCCUGCUGUCAUCUUCAUGGGCCUGACCUCGUUGCUAUACUUGGUGUCUGCUGACAUGUUUGCCCUCAUCAAGUAUGUGAGCUUCGUCAACUGGAUGUCCAUUGGUCUGUCGAUCGUGGUUCUCCUUUACUUCCGCAAAACACGGCCCAACAUGGAAAGGCCAAUUAAGGUCCAUUUGUUCUGGCCAAUCCUGUAUGUUUCCAUCACUUUCCUGCUGGUCCUUCUACCAAUCAUUGCCAGUCCUGUAGAAACUGGUUUUGGGAUGAUCAUCAUAGCCAGUGGUGUUCCUGUUUAUAUCAUAUUUGUCUACUGGGAGAGCAAACCAAAAGGAUUUUAUGAAUUCUUAGACAAGGCUACACUAGCACUACAGAAGUUCUUCAUGGUCAUACCCGAGGAAAACACCAGUAAAACAGAAUAACACUGGAGUUCUGGGCAGUCUUCGUUCGUAUCCAAAGAUUUAGACAAUAAGAUUGGGCUGCCAUUAUGUCGAUAGACAAGGACAAAACCUGAGACACAAGAUCACUAGUCAACAAAGCCCCAAGAGAAAGAACGGAAAUCCUUACAGGGCUAGGUGCUAAGGAGACAAACAAAAGAAGAGCAGAUAUACCGGGGGGUGAUGGAGAUAUUGGAUUCAAACAUUUUUGUGGGGUGUGAAAUUGUUUGUAUUUUUUGCUUGGUAGGGUAUUUGUUACAUAAUUGUCAUUUAAGUAGUAUAGUAUGAUGAAUUAGUGGGAGAUAGUUCCAUAUAUUGAGAUUGAUUUAGAUCUGUUGAAUAAGUUUAUAUGUUUCUUCUGUAUUUCUUCAAACAUACAAAAUGAACAUAUUAUCUUUUUAGCAAAUCAUUUGGGGACACAUGUUUAUGUUCUUCAAAUGUAAAGUGUGAUUAUAUGUCUAGUGAUCAGGUUAUGAUUGGCAUUGAGAAACCCUCAUGCAUUGUGAUGAUCAUUUGGAGUAAAAAUAUAAUACUGUAUUAGAGGUAGAAUAAAUACAGUAGCCAUUUUCUGCCCUUUCUAAGGUUUAGGUCUCCUUGGUUUGUUGCAGAUAAAAUACAAUAAGUGACUUUAUGUAACUGAUAUAGCUAUUCCAGUGAUCUAUUUACAUAACAAUAAUCUACCUUUUAAAAAAAUCUCAAAACAGUUGUCCAUAAGUAACCACAAAAAUUGAGUCCAACCAGAGACCCUGUCAUGCAACAGUGAAUGAUAAUGUUGUUCUGUUGUUUCUCCAUCGUAUACCUGUUACAAUACAUCUAAUCAGUUUCUAAAUAUUUUUAUCGCUGAGCUCAAAGCUUACUAAGUUCUGGUUUGUUUUAUGCCUUUUAUGAAUUCAUCAGUAAAAAUGCACAAAAAAUAUUCAGUUUUAUAUAACAAUUACAAGCAGAGUCACUUGUUACAAGUUAAAAAUGAUUAAAAAAUAAAUGAAGUAAGGGGGUACAUGUAUUGCAAACAGUCCGGGGGAGAUCACUCCAUAUUUAGUCAAUGAUUCUGCAUGUUGCUUCCAGUGAAAGUGUUAUCCAACAUUUCUAUAAUUAAAUAAGUGUUGUUAAUGAAAAAAUCCUGUCCAUUUAAAAAAAAUCUUCUUUAUUACUGGUAUUAUUGUGGAGAAGAUACAAUUAUAUAUUUAUAUUAUUUAAAAGCUAAUUUGAAAUUGGUAGCUAUAAAACUUCAAUUUCCUCAACUUAAAUGUUAGCAUCUUAUCAACACACAUUUCUGCAAGCUGUUGAUACAGAUAUGGACUGUUUGAACAACCCUCUAGAAGUUUGGCUGCUUGCAAUGAUCCAAUUCAAAAAAAUACAUGUGUCAUUUCUUUUGUCUCAAAUCUUACCUGUAGUCGUGCUAUUGGAAAGUUUCAUUUUCAUGGAAAACCAUCAGAUGUGCAUCCCUUACUAUAUUGAAAAACAAUAAGGAUCUUGAUACCAUUUGUUAUAAUGUAUUAAUGAUAAUGAUAUUUAUUCAGGUAAAUAUUAUAUUACUAUUCAAGAAUUGUAAUAUUCCUUUCAAUAAAUGUGACAUCUUCAUUUUUUUUAAUUUUUUUUGAGUAAAUGUUAUUUUCAAUUUUUAAGUUUUUGCAUUUAUUGAUUGUCAUGUUCUAAACCAGGAAAUAAAACACAUUAAUGGACCGUUAUGAGCUAUUCUAUAGUUAACUCAGUGGUAAAGGCAGGAGGUCAAACUUUACCAACAUUCAGUUCAGACUGUGGGGUUGAACUUCUGUUUUGUGUAUUGUGUUUUUCUUUUUAAUUAUUUUUUUGAGUAUGUAGUAUGAAAAUAAGUUUGCAAACUAGAAGAAAGUGAAGACGUGUAUGUUACUAUAGAAUUAAGGGCUGUGUGUUGAGAGAAGAGAUUGUACUCAUUAAUUAAGUUAAAAUGAAUUAAUUACGUGUAAGAGGAGAGUUGCAUAAACUAGAAUUAUUCAUGUAUUAUAAGAAACAGGUUAUGGUAAAAUUAUAUUUAAAUACAUGAUAUUAUGUAUAUGAUAUAUGUAUAUUAAUAUUAUGUAUAUGAUAUAUGUAUAUUAAUAUUUGUGUAUAUAUUGUGUGUAAAUCUACAAUGAGUAUAACUUAUUAUCGUGACCCUUGACCUGCUGAUCAUGAAUAAGUUAUUUUGUAAAGCUUUAUAACUAAUUUUUUUGAGACACUCAAGGGGUGUAAUUGUCUGUAUAACAGAGGAUAUAUAUGUUAUUGAUAUUCUUUGCAUGGAAAUGUUCACUCAUGAGAUUUCUUUAAAUGGUUAGCAGUUGCUUGCCAUUGACAUAAUAUUACUGUACUUCAAAUUGAAUUCACCCUUGAAAUUGUUCAUGCCAGUGUGGAACAGUGUACUUGUACAAGUAUUCAGACUAGCCUUCAUCACAAUGUUACAUGUUGUAAAAGGCACCCGUCUGAAUGUGAUAUACAACACUGUACUGUAUGACACUGCAACAAACCCGAGAUGUGUUGAGGGUGACUUUGGGGCAUUAAAAACCCUUCCCCUAAAACAUUCCUGCUAUUUUCCCCCCAAAUCAAUGCAAAUAUCUCUUUAUUUUUCCAAAAUCAUGCUUUUCAUAUGUGCACAAAAUCAGAAAAAAAUAGGAGGACAAAUUUCUACACUUCGACGUACAUGUACUAUAUUGUGAUACAUGUAUAAGACAUUGUGAUGUACCAUGCCAAUCUCAAAGAACUUACAGACAACUACGAAAAUCACGUUAUCUAUUUUUCUUUCUUUCUGGAAAUAAAAACUCCAAAAAACCUUUGACGUCACAUGUAUAAUGUACCUGUGGACUUGUGAGCCUACAUGUGGGGUUAUUGUUGAUUGAAUUGUGUUGUAAUCAUGAUAAAUAUCCAUAUCAUUCUACUUGUAUUUAUGUAUUGGAUGUAAAUGUUAUCUGAGAGGAUCCAUAUCAACAGUACCUAUAAACAGUACCUAUAGAAGACUGAUAAUGUCCUUCUGAAUUCCUCCUUAAACAGAAAGUCACACGCUCAAUCACUGCCAAUCUCUUAUCACAUUUAGCCCGUAGAGACAAAUAUCUCUGGGUAAGACAUAAUAUUACAUCCUUACAAUUUGUUGGUACAUACUUGUUCGUCAUUAAAAUGCGUAACUUGAUUGUUUUUUCUUUAUCUACAUGUCUGGUUAUAUUUAAAUCAAUUAGUUUUAGAAGUUAGGAUUUAGUUUUAGAUUUUAGAAUUAGCUUCAGAUUUGAAAAUUAGUUUUAGAUAUUCAAAUUAGUUUUAGAUUUUCAAAUUAAUAUUGGGUUUUAAAAUCAAUUUUAGAUUUUAGAAUUAGUUUUAGAUAUUCAAAUUAGUUUUAAAUUUUAAAAUUAAUUUUGGGUUUUAAAAUCCGGUUUAGAUUUUAGAAUUAGUUUUUAACCUGGGACUCCUAUGAUGGAAUCUAAUGUGUUGUUUUCCUUACUCAUAUUUAAUAAAGAAAGAGGAUGAAACUUUAUACAGAAACCAUUUGUCAUCACUGCCAUAUCAUUUCAGAAGUAAAUUAAGGACAUUGAGAGACUUACAUGUAACAUCCCAUUCAUCCAUUUUUCAUCUGUAAUCUUUCAUUGAUACAGCUUAUUAUCUAAUAACGCAUCUUAUUAUAUAUGGAAGUAAAGAUGUGCAGAAGAUCACCAUUUUCUCAUCAUUUUGUAGUAUUUAAGAGUUUUUAAGUUUGUUUGCUUUGGUGGAUGGUAACAUAUAUAAUCAUAGUUAGUGUUGUUUUUAUUGUGUAUGCUAUAUUUAUAUUGAUAUCAUGAUAAAUAGCAAACUCUUUCUGUAAAUGUCUCUGAAAAAGAAAUCUGCAAAAUAUUGAUAUGAACUUGUUACAAUUUUAGAAUUCUUUCGAGUCAUAUGAGGACGCCAACAGAUCGUUGUCCUCCUGUUCUUUACUUUCUGUUUAUUGCAGCUGUGAAGCCCACUUAAUAGGUCUCUCGAAAAGUUUUAAGUGGAAUCUCGCCCACCUCUCAUUAAUUUCCCUAAAUUCUUUUUAAGGACUUAAUGGAAAGGGUUGGAAGUAUAACCGACACGGUUUUAUGUUCUUAUUUACAUAUACUUGUUUGAUUAGACAUACACCUGUGUGAUUGCCUAGCUGUAAGACACCACUCCAUACUAACAAAGGUCUACAGUGUAUGUUUUGUAGUGUUACAGUCCUUAUUCUGGUGUUUCUUGUAAGAAAAGCUCUUCCCGCUGUAAGCGGUUCACCUUAUUCCUUUAUCAUGAUUUUAUUAAUUGAUUUAAUUGUGUAUAUAGAUAUAUGUAUGUUUCUUUAUGUCAACAGAAGAAAUCCAAAAUAAAAUUUAUCUGAAAUCACUUGAAUAAGAAAGAAUUAAUUAAUUGUGUUAAAGUCAAACCUGCCUAAGAGGCCCUCUCUAUUACCAGGUAAGAGACCACCUGUGUUAAGAGACGGACAGAUCGCUUUUAAAACUCUCCGUAACAGUUAUUUUCAAAUCAACUGAACCUGUAUUUAAGACCACCUACGAUAAGACACCAUUUUAUGGUCCUACGUAAGGUGGUCUGUUACCAGGGUCGACUUUAUUCAGUAAUAAGUCUCACCUAAGUUUUUUAAGUAUUUUUUUAGCAUAAUUACAUUUUUUAUGUAUAGAUAGAUAUAUAUAUUUUUGACAAUAGUUUUCAUGCUUUAUAACUAUUCUGAAUAUUCCUAAUAUUUAAUUUUUGUGUAAUGAAUGAAAAAAAACUGUGUCUUUCCUUUGGUAUUUGUGAACUGAGAACAAUUUAAACUAACAAACAGGCUAGCUGAUAUCUCAGGUGCUUGGAAGGCAUUCCUUACACUUGUAUGCCCAGUGUGAGUAUGUGUUUAUCAGCGUUAGGGAGUGAGAGAGUGGAAUUCCUAUUUUAUUGCAUUUAUUAUUAAAGAUAUCCAAAUUCUUGGAUCUAAUAAGAAGAUGUACUGCACUUUUAUAAACUUUCAUGUAUGAUGUCCUGUUGAGAAAUAAUGGAAUAAAUAUACUGACAAUAUUAUUUAUGAAACGGACAUAUGAUACUGAUAAACCAAGUGAGGUUUGCUUGUUGUGUAGCACAUUAUUAUUUACUAGUGUUUGUUUCAGUGUUCAGCAGAAACAAUAUUCCAUUGUCUUGUGCAUUUAUCUAAUUAUAAAUAUGAUUAUAAAUAAGAUUAUGAAUAGAAAUCUUCAGAACAUCAGGGUGCUUUUCUUGAACGGGAUGAUUUAAUGCUAGUUUCAGAAUGUUUUUGAAUUUUUAGGUUAAAUUUUGGGAGUCCUGGACAAAUUUUUCUUAUUAUUAAAAUGCAUUUCCAGCAGUAACUACAUAUAUAGAAUGUAGAAAAGUUUUUUUUUUUCUCACAAUGAUGUGAGAUGCAGGUAAAAAUACAGUUUCAUCACGUAUUAAAGUGUGUUUGUAUUAAAUGCAUCCGUAAGAUCUGUGUCAACGGAGUUUUGAUCUGAGUGUUUUCCUAUCAACAUAAUUAUGUUUAGUGUCAUUAAAAAUGUAAAGUUUUAAUCAUUGUUUUAUGUUUAUUUUUUUUUGAGAAUUGUAUUAAAUAAACAUAUAUAUAUGAAUAACAUAUUGAUGGCAUAUUAAACAUGAAUGAAAGUGACAUCAUAAGUGAAUUUUAAAAGUGACUCAUUACUUUAAAAAAAAAAUCAAUGCCAAUUAGCAAAUUGAGUCAAACCUGCUGAAGAGACCACCUGUUUUAAAGGACCACUUUUAAACUCGCCAUUACUUUUAUUGUCAUGUUCGGCAGAGAGUCCCUGACACUUCUAUUGUAUCUAUUUUAAAUUAGAUAAAUUUAUUUGUCUUUGCUGUAGUAAAUAGGUCAACAGAUCCUAACCAGAAAGAUACACUAGACAGAACACUGGGACUCGCUACCUUAACAGAAACUGUAUUAAGACACCAUCUGUAACUAAACAAGUCUGACUGUAAAUACAACACUGAGAAAAGAACCUGAGACAGAUUUAAUUGAGACUGUCAUCCUGGUGUGGCAUAUGCAUUCAAAUACUAGAAAAUAUCAUGAAAUUUCACAUUUUUAUUUCAAUAGCUAAUUUUUCAGACCAUCAAGUUAUAGGAUGCUAUUAUGACUUUGUUGUGAUCGAGUCUAACUAUUAAUGAACUAUUG